GUAACAGUCGCUUGCCUUCCCAGCGACAGCCAACAAGUCCGUCCCUCCUCACUCCUGGUCCCCUUCCAUUCAUUUAAACACAAACAGUCAUGACUUCCACUCCUGCUGAAGAGAUUCGCGCCAACUCUUAUGUUGGUUUCGAUACUAUCACCCAGCAGAUUGAGCACAAGCUCUUGAAGCGCGGUUUCCAGUUCAACGUAAUCGUGGUUGGUCAGACCGGUUUGGGAAAGUCGACGUUGAUCAACACUAUCUUCGCGUCGCACUUGAUUGACUCGAAGGGACGGUUGGAGGCUGAUGAGCCAGUCAGACAGACGACUGAGAUUCACCCGGUAUCGCAUGUCAUCACUGAGAAUGGCGUCAAGCUGCGUCUGAACAUCGUCGACACUCCUGGCUAUGGUGACCAGAUCAACAAUGAGAACUGCUGGGACCCCAUCAUCAAGUAUAUCAAGGAUCAACAUAGUGCAUACCUCCGCAAGGAGCUUACUGCUAUGCGUGACCGACACAUCCAAGAUACACGUAUUCACUGCUGCUUGUUCUUCAUUAACCCCACUGGUCACUCGCUUCGUGCCAUUGAUAUCAUUGUCAUGAAGAACCUGACACUCGAGGAGCGGGACGCGUUCAAGCAGAAGGUUCGCGCUGAACUGACCUACCACAACAUUCGUCUGUACCCCUUCGACACUGAGGAGAACGACGAUGAAGAGAUUCAGCUCAACGAGCGUAUCCGAAACAUGAUUCCCUUCGCCGUUGUCGGGUCAGAACGCGAAGUUAUCAUUGACGGCAAGCCCGUCCGUGGCCGAAAGAACCGUUGGGGCGUCGUCAACGUUGAGGAUGAGACUCACUGCGAGUUUGUCUACCUCCGAAACUUCCUUACCAGGACACACCUACAGGACCUCAUCGAGACGACUGCUCAGAUCCACUACGAGGCAUUCCGUUCAAAACAACUCCUCGCGCUCAAGGAGCAGACCAAUCCUCGCCCACAGUAAACCUUUUACAGGCAUCGUUGAAGCGUUUCGUUCGUACUAUCUCUCCUUGCUGGAACGUGCGGUUCCGUGUGUUGUUGAUACCCCAGGUUGUCUUUGCCGUGGAAUUUUCUUUGGAUGGUUAGUAGAUGGCAUCAGUACUGGUUGUCCGUCUUCCUACAUUCUCGCCCGCUCGUUUGCCUUCCUUUUCAGCCUUUUGUGUUGAAUGACUGCGCAGGACUAUUUCUCUCCGUUGUUUGUCGUUCCUGAUCUGCUGGUUCUUUACUUUGUCAUCAUACGUUCUUUACUCUAAUACCACUAUCUCGACUACAACCUGCC